AUGUCUUCAUCAGGCUCUAAUGAGAAUGUAGGCCAUUCUCGAUAUGAAAUGAACGAUUUGAAAAAAAAAUCUAAAACAAGUGAAUUCGAAACUACAGAAAAUGAAGUGGAAUAUUUCGCACAAACAGAUUCACAAUUACCAUCAUCCACCCUAUCAAACGAUUUCGAACCCAUUUCACAAGAUCAAAACACCACAUCACAUAGCAGAACACGAGCAAAAUUCCAAAAUUUUAUAGAUUCCUUCAAAAGAGCUGAUAAGGAACAACCGUCCACAUUAGAACACGACUUAACAAAGACCUUCGAAGGAACCCUGGAACCAAGUGAAGAUGGAACACAACCAGCAGAAGUAGCUGGUAAGUCAGAAGAAUUGAAACAUUCCAUUAAACCAAGACACGUCAUCAUGAUCUCAUUGGGUACUGGUAUUGGUACUGGUAUGUUAGUGGGUAAUGGUACAUCUUUAGCUAACUCAGGUCCUGCUGGGUUAGUCAUUGGGUACGCCAUCAUGGGAUCAUGUAUAUAUUGUAUCAUUCAAGCUACUGGUGAAAUGGCUGUCUUGUAUUCUAAAUUAAUCGGUGGGUUCAAUUCAUAUCCUUCAUUUUUAAUUGAACCUGCCCUCGGGUUCUCUGUCGCUUGGGUUUAUUGUAUACAAUGGCUUUGUGUUUGUCCAUUGGAAUUGGUCACGGCAUCAAUGACUAUCAAAUAUUGGACUACGAAAGUGGAUCCAGAUGUCUUUGUUGUGAUAUUUUAUGUCUUGAUUAUUCUUAUUAAUGUCCUUGGUGGUGCUGCAGGUUAUGCAGAAGCAGAAUUCUUCUUUAAUUCAUGUAAGAUUUUAAUGCUUUUAGGCUUCUUUAUUCUGGGUAUCAUUUUAAUUUGUGGUGGUGCAGGUGAUGACGGAUACAUUGGUGGUAGAUAUUGGCAUGAUCCUGGUGCCUUUAGAGGUGAACAUGCAAUCGACCGUUUUAAAGGUGUCGUAUCCACAUUAGUUAAUGCUGCGUUUGCAUUCGGUUUAAGUGAAAUGAUCGGUGUCACCGCUAGUGAACAAUCUAACCCACGUAAGGCAAUCCCAUCAGCUGCUAAAAAGAUGAUCUACAGAAUUGUUUGUAUCUAUUUAGGUUCAGUGGUAAUUGUCGGGUUUUUGGUUCCAUGGAAUUCUGACCAAUUGUUAGGUUCUAGUGGUGGUGGUGUUAAGGCAUCUCCUUAUGUCCUGGCUGUUUCAACUCAUGGUGUUCGUGUGGUUCCACAUUUCAUCAAUGCAGUGAUUUUAUUAUCUGUUCUAUCAGUGGCAAACUCUGCAUUCUAUUCCAGUUCCCGUUUAUUAUUAGGUUUAGCUGAACAAGGUUAUGCUCCAAAGAUUUUCAAAUACGUUGAUAGAGAAGGUAGACCAACUAUGGGUAUGUGUGUUGCUGCCCUAGUGAAUGUCAUCUCAUUCUGUGCCACAUCACCAAAGGAAGAUCAAGUUUUCGUUUGGUUGUUGGCUAUUUCGGGGUUAUCUCAAUUAUUCACUUGGUCUGCCAUUUGUUUGUCACAUAUUAGAUUUAGAAGAGCCAUGGCUGUUCAAGGAAGAUCAUUGGGUGAAAUUGGUUUCAAAUCUCAAUGUGGUGUAUGGGGAUCUUGGUAUGCGUUCAUUAUGAUGAUGUUGAUUUUGAUUGCUCAAUUCUGGGUUGCUAUUGCACCAAUUGGUGAAGGAAGAUUAGAUGUUCAAGCCUUCUUUGAGAAUUAUUUGGCGGCCCCAAUUUUGAUUGCACUUUACUUUGGCUACAAGAUAUAUACAAAGGACUGGAGGUUAUUCAUCAGAGCUAAGGACAUUGAUUUAGAUAUCAAUAGAGAUGUGUUUGAUGAAGAAUUGAUUAGGCAAGAAGAAGAAGAAUAUAAAGAAAAGAUGAGAAAUGCACCAAUUUGGCAGAAAAUUUAUGAAUUCUGGUGUUGA